UCUAUGCAUGGGUUUAGGUUAUGGCUGGAGUAGCAGCACCGGCAUGGAGCGCGACGCUUUGGCCUCCGCAGCCUCGAUGCAGCUCCCAAAAAUCUCUGGCCCGGUCUUGCUUCUGUGCCGCCAGCGACGAAUCGACAUCGACCCUCAAGAAUGACUUUCGGCUGAGGACCUCAAGACAGGAGGAUGACUCCGAUGUUCUAAUCGAAUGCCGCGACGUCUACAAAUCCUUUGGCGAGAAGCACAUCCUCAAAGGAGCCAGUUUCAAGGUCCGCCAUGGUGAGGCUGUGGGAAUUAUUGGACCUUCUGGAACAGGAAAGUCCACGAUUUUGAAGAUUAUGGCUGGACUUCUUGUUCCUGACAAGGGAGAAGUUUUCAUCCGAGGAGUAAGACGGGAUGGAUUAAUCAGUGACCAAGAUGUUUCCGGAUUGCGAAUAGGACUGGUUUUUCAAAGCGCAGCGCUGUUUGAUUCGCUCACAGUUCGAGAAAAUGUCGGAUUUAUGCUCUAUGAGCGGCAAAGUCUUCCCAAGGAGAGAAUCAACGAGCUAGUAAGGGACAGUUUGGCGUCAGUCGGGCUCAAGGGAGUUGAAGAAAGGUUACCAGCCGAGCUCUCUGGAGGAAUGAAAAAACGGGUGGCGUUAGCUCGCGCUAUAAUUUCAGACGAACGCGAGGAAACGAAUGAACCCGAGGUUGUCAUGUAUGACGAACCAACUGCUGGACUCGAUCCCAUUGCUUCGACUGUUGUCGAGGAUCUUAUUCGGUCAGUACACAUCAAAGGGCGUGAUGCAAGAGGAAAACCUGGACAGAUUACGUCUUACGUUGUUGUGACACAUCAGCAUAGCACGAUACGACGCGCUGUGGACAGACUACUUUUCUUGCACGAUGGUAAAAUCGUAUGGGAAGGGGAGACUUCCAAGUUCGGUAAUACUUCCAAUCCUAUAGUUCGUCAGUUCGCAGAAGGCAGCUUAAAUGGCCCAAUUCAGUAUUGAUUGGUUUCAAUCCUUCCAGAAAUAAAGUUCUUCGUCACACGUCCACGGGCAGGCUCAUUCCUGGAGGCUUCCUCACGCCACAAAGCAGCGACUUGUUCUCGGUUACCGCAGCAGUGGAAGAUGGUUUCGAAGGAAAGGGAAGAAAGGAGUGGCUUUGAAAGCCUCGACUGCUGAAUGCCAGCAGACUGCCGAGACCAUUACGUUGGACGGUAGACGACUUCGUACAGACAGCGCAGAGAAAGGCAUGGUUUUAAUCAUCUCCUCGGCCUUGGACAACCGGCCAGCUCGUCCGAAUCGCAUAGAAUGCUUCUUUU